AUGGACUCCCUUCAUCUUGUGCACGUCAAGCUUCUGGCUGCCGAUCUCCUCACGCUAACCCCCCGACAUACAUCGCUGCCUUCCUUUGUUCGCUCAGGCCGUACAGUGGCUCGUGCCGAGGUUGUUGGGGUCGUUGUUUCACGUGACCGCAGGGAGAAGUUUCUCCGCUUCCUGGUUGAUGAUGGCACUGGCUGUGUACCAUGUGUCCUGUGGCUGAACCACCAAUACCUGAAUGCAAACAGUUCGUCCGAUUCUGAUCCAACUAGAGAGAUGGCAUCGAAAAUGUCGGAGGUGGUACGCCUGGGCACCCUGUUGAGGGUUCGUGGGAGGAUUGUCAUGUACCGUGGCGCAAUUCAGAUUGCUGCUAGAGACGUAGUUCUAGAGGAGGACCCUAAUAUGGAGGUCCUACAUUGGUUGCAGUGUAUUCACAUGGCCAAAGAAUGUUAUGAUUUACCACUACCUUCUGCUUGA